AUGUCUUCACUGCCGAGUCAAAUCCAUUUGGAUGGGUACAAAUGGAGGAAUGUCAAAAAAAGGCUUAGAUUGUGGCUGGCAGUAACACGCAGGAAACAAGGCGUCCGAAACGACAACGUGCUGGAGAUUGAUCCCGGCGAUAGCGGCGCCGCAGGGUAGGUGGACCUCAACCCGCCAGACGUUUUUGCCGCAAGAAAAACGGAAAAAAUUCCAGAUUCCAGAAGAGAUUUUGUUCUCAUUCCUCCAUAGUAAUUUACUGGUUAGAGCGAAGCAGCUUCUCGGCUGAGUAAAAAUUGGAAAGUUGUUGACAGACCUUCAGAACGGAAACAGAGAAAAAAGUUAAAGAUUCUAGAUAAGAUAAAGACAAGAAAAAUUAAUGAGAACAAAAGUUGAAAUGUUUUUGAAACUGAAUCGGCCAGAAUAAAACAGAAAAGAAACUUUUUUUGGGGGGAAAAAUGUUUCCCGUCUGGAUCGGAACUAUCUUCCUAGAAAAACGCGUCUUUUUUCUACUUGGGAAUUAAAAGUUUCCGAAGGUUCUGAGAGCCCUCACAGUUAUCUUAAUUCUAGGAAAAACUACUUUUAAGAAUAUACAGAGAUCACUUCGUAACUAUUGACAUUAAAAAAUAUCCCAAACACGGAAUUAAAAACCUUCCUUAUAAGAGAACUUCCGCAGAGCUUCACAAACUAACUUUGAUCAUUGAAAUUCUGAAGAAAGGAGAGUUGAAAAAAAAACUGGGUAAAUAAUGAAGACCUGUCCUUUCCGGUGUUGUUUCAAAGCGAGAACCUACAAAAUCGACCUUGAUUAGAGCGGCAGAUGCGGAAAGUCGGCGAGCAGCGACACCUGCCCGCGACUGACGACUCGCAUCGAAUUCGCGUCAAAGUGA